GAUAAAGCCAAGAAACGUCCAGUCAAGACGGUACAGCAUCCCCCCCGCCUACCUGCUAGACGACGGGCGUGUGUCUGAUCGGCGCGACGACCGCGAAAGUGAACGUUAUCGCGCCGCAUCGGGGCGAGGAGCCCUGCAUCCAGGGGUUCCACGGGAGUGGCUCGGUGUUUUUUUCGGGGUGUAACCUGCGCUGUGUUUUUUGUCAAAACCAUGCAUGUAUAGGCCUGUCUACUUGAAAAGCUGGGAGUGCUGAUUGAUUGGAUAGGAAAUUUCUCAUCAACGGAAGGGCUUCGAUCUCACACCCGAAGAACUGGCAGAUUGGUAUCUGAAGCUCCAGUCUAUCGGCCACGUCCACAAUAUCAACCUGGUGACUCCCGAACACGUCGUGCCGCAGGUUGUUCUGUCGAUUCUGGCGGCGCGGGAGAUGGGCCUCUCGGUCCCGAUCAUCUAUAACACCUCGUCGUUCGAUUCGGUGGACUCGCUCACCCUCCUCGACGGGCUCGUGGACAUCUACCUUGCGGAUUUCAAGGUGUGGGAGGCCGCCACUUCGCGCCGUCUGCUCAAGGCACACGAUUACGCAGAGACAGCCCGCGAGAGUAUCAGGAUCAUGCACGCACAGGUGGGCGAUCUGAGCUUCACUUCCGACGGGAUUGCCAAGCGCGGCGUCUUACUCCGCCACCUCGUCAUGCCGGGUCUAGAAGAGGAGGGCCGCCAGAUCAUGCGCUGGCUCGCGGGCAAUGUCUCCCCAGAUCUGUACGUGCAUAUCAUGGAGCAGUACCGGCCGGAUGCACAUGUAGGGAAGAAACGACGCAGCAACAGAACAGGCGAGGAGACCACCAGGUAUAAAGAGAUCAAUCGCGCGGUGAGGGAGGACGAGAUUGUCGGUGUUAAAGCCGCGGCUGUUAAGGCGGGGCUUUGGCGUUUCUGUGAGCCUGACGAGAGGCCUUUUCAUUUAUAGUCUCCUGGGCAUCCUAGGUAGUAAGCUCUUGUCAGGAGAACUUCAGACGUUG